GUUCUCUGAGCAGAUUUUGCCUAUUGUCCGUGUACCCGCAGUUCUUCAGCUUUCCAACCACUUGUUAGGUCCGUGGCCAUCGUUUCUGCUCCAAGUACCAAGGGCUGCUCAUCUGGAUUUGGAUGGUCUUUACAAGUGCCCCCGCCUGCUCGGAUGUGCGACACUGAGCGCUGCGUCUGUAUUGCGUUACAGUGAGCGGGUCGUUUAAGUGAAAGUGUCAGACGCUGGUGUUUCCCAGGAUUUUGCACAAUGUGCUGCGAGGUACACUCCGGUACUUGCACUUGAACCUCUCACUAUCCCUGUCCCGCCAUAAGUGGAGUUCUUUAGCCGCAGUAGUAAAAGGGACACUGAAAACACAGAAUGGGACCCCAGGGAGCGAUUAAACUCUCUUCAUUUACUAUGAGUGGUCGCUGCCAGCUAUUUCCGACAAUCCUGUUGGUUGAUGUAUCCCAAUAAGGUAUUUCUCCGAUAUUGCACAUAAACAGCGCCGGAGCGCAAGAGCUGGAGCCCAAUGCAGUCUCUCAAUAUCACCCCCGAGCAGUUUGCCCGACUCCUGCAGGAGAAUAACGUGACCAGGGAGCAGUUCAUUGAGUUGUAUCAGCUUCAGCCUCUGGUUUAUAUCCCGGAGCUUCCCUUCAGGACCAAGGUAGCCUUUGUGGCAAUCUGUGUGCUGAUAUUUGUGCUGGCGCUGUUUGGCAAUUCUCUGGUACUUUAUGUGGUGACCAGAAGCAAAGCAAUGAGGACUGUCACCAACAUCUUCAUCUGCUCUCUGGCGCUCAGUGAUCUACUCAUUGGCUUCUUCUGCAUCCCCUUCACCAUGCUGCAGAACAUCUCCUCCAACUGGCUGGGAGGAGGGUUCGCUUGCAAAAUGGUUCCCUUUGUUCAGUCUAUGGCCAUUGUUACUGAAAUCCUGACAAUGACAUGCAUUGCUGUGGAAAGGCAUCAAGGGAUUGUACAUCCUCUGAAAAUGAAAUGGCAAUACACCAACAGGAGGGCAUUUACAAUGCUUGGUAUCGUGUGGUUUAUAGCAGCAGUGGUUGGUAUACCAAUGUGGCAUGCACAGCGCCUAGAGGUUAAAUAUGACUUUUUAUAUGAAAAACAAUAUGUGUGCUGUUUGGAAGCAUGGAGUAGUCAUGUUCACCAGAAAAUCUAUACCACUUUCAUUUUGGUGAUCCUUUUUCUUCUGCCACUCACCUUAAUGCUCCUGCUCUACAGUAAAAUUGGCUAUGAACUCUGGAUAAAAAAGCGUGUUGGAGAUGCCUCAGUGCUGCAAACCAUUCAUGGAAAUGAAAUGUCUAAAAUAGCCAGGAAGAAGAAGCGGGCGAUCAUUAUGAUGAUUACUGUGGUUGUCCUUUUCGCAGUCUGCUGGGCACCAUUUCACGUUGUUCACAUGAUGAUAGAAUACAGUAAUUUGGAGAAUGAAUAUGAUGAUGUCACAAUCAAGAUUAUAUUUGCCAUAGUACAAAUAAUUGGAUUUUUUAACUCCAUUUGCAAUCCAAUAGUCUAUGCUUUUAUGAAUGAAAAUUUCAAGAAAAACUUCCUCUCUGCGCUAUGCUUUUGUUUUCUUAGAGACCCUUCUUCUCCCCCCAGAAGGCCAGGCAACUCUGGCAUCACAUUAAUUCAACAAAAAUCGAGUUUGUCUAGGAGAGGGAACACAAGUGAAGACCCUCGGAGGGAGGCUUUCAGCGAAGGCAAUAUUGAGGUCAAGUUUUUUGAACAGCCUGUUUCAAAAAAACGACACCUUCACUUGUUCACAUCAGAACUUACUGUUCACUCUUGAGACGUGCAAAACACAGAGAUUAUAUAAUUAUUUUUAUAUAUAGGGCUCGACUGACUUUUGAAUUUAAUUUAUUGAUAACUGUUCGGAAAUAAUAAAACAUUAG